GAGCGAGAAGGAGGGGGGGAGAAUCCAAUCCGGUUUCAGCUAGUUUCUGUUCUGAUGGAACAUUUAUGCUAGCUACACUGUGUAACAAGGUGCUGUUUGAAUCUCUCAGAACACACAGUGCACUGUAGAAUUUCAGUCUCUCCGUUAGGCAAAUAUUUUUCUCCAUUUUGUUUAAAAACAAAAGAAAAGCAACCAUGCCGAAAAGAAGCAACGCAAAUAAUGACACUGAAGCGACCCAGGGGCCCAAGAGAAGAUCUCAGCGAUUGAGUGAGAAACCCCAACCAAGCCCAAAGUCAGAGCCUAAGCCAAAGAAGGCACCUGUGAAACCGAAGAAGGCCAAGGAGCCGGAGAAGCCCAAGCCCGAGGAGGAGGAGGAGAAGAAGGAGGAGGAAGAGGAAGAAGUGCCUGCAGAAAACGGAGAGGCCAAAGCUGAGGAGGAGGCGCCAGCAGCAGAGGAACCAGAGCAGAAAGAGGAGGAGGAAGAGGAGGAGGAGGAAGAGGAGGUGGCAGCAGCAGAAUAACAUCCUCACCGCAUCUUCAACCAGUGCUCUCCCGUACCUCUUUUCUUGUACAAUUCAGAGGAAUAUUUUUAUCAACUAUUUUCUAAAAGCAGGUUUUUUAGUAGUUUGAUUGUAGAAACACAUUUUUUAAAAAACGACAAAAAAUGACAUGCACACAUGCUCUCACACACACACACAUCUUGGAAAGGGAUCCCGCCUCAUCCCACCCCAUUAGAGCAUCUACGGACGGACGGACGGUCGUCGGACGGUCAGCGGAUUGGGUUUUCACGCGCGGGGGACGGGAGGUUGCGGCCUUUGAAAACAUGUAAUCGUGUCGUUUUCAGGAAACCGUUGUACAACUGGGGGAACUUGCCUGAGUGACUAACAUUCCAUAGGCUGUAUAAGGGACAGUAUAUGUAACCUGUAUCGUAUGGGGGGAGGGGAGGGAGGGGGUGGAAUUAUUCAAGUGGGUAAUGCAUUGUUUUAUUGUUUAUAAUGAUUAAAAAAAAAAAAAAAAAAAGUUUUAGAAUGUUUGUAAGCUGUGCUCUAUAAAUGUUAACUCUUACUCAUGCAGUUUUUUUUCUGAAUCCACAAACUUUCAGUAAUAAACCUGUUCCCUAGUAUUGGAGUUCUCUAUAAGGCCUGUACAUUGCGUGUAUUGGUUUUGUCUCAUUGUUUGGUGAUAGCAUUGCAAUAACAUUGUAUAGCUGCUGUGAAAAAAAGGGUUUUCAUACUUUCUAUAUGCAGUAUGUAUUGGUACGUUGAGGAUGAUAUAAUGGAAUUAUUCCUGUGUUCUUAGCAAAGCUAAUAACAUGACAUGCAUUACAGUGUUAAAACAUACUGGUUAUAACUGUUCCUUUGAAAAGGACACUGAGAAGCAAAUGACUGUACUUUCACUGACUCUGAAGUGAACAAACCAGCAGCAGCAAUAUUUACCCAUGUGGUUUUUAGGUAACAAGUACAAGUGUACAGUUUUUUUCUUUGUAGCUGUAUCUGUGUAAUGAUUGGUAUAAACAAACCAAUAAAGAGUUGGUUGUAA